ACAAAGAACAAAAAUUGGGAUCCAGAGAAAGAGAGGAACAAAAAAGAAGAAGAAGAAGAAACCCAGAAAUAAAAUAAAAUAAAAUAAAGAAGAAGAGAGGACAAAAAGGCGAGGCUGUCUUUCUUGUCUUCUUUUCUUAACAUCUCUCUCUUUGUGUUCCUCUCAAUAAUUCCUCAUUCUGAUGGCUUCAAGCAAAUUCAGAAGAGCCUUGGGUGCCGUGAAGGACCAAACUAGCAUUGGCCUUGCCAAAGUUGGCAGCAGCAAUUCUCUAGCGGAUCUAGACGUCGCCAUUGUAAAGGCUACGAGGCACGAAGAAUGGCCAACCGAAGAGAAAUACAUCAGAGAGAUUCUUAGCUUGACUUGCUACUCACGCGCAUACAUCAGUGCCUGUGUCAACACCAUCUCCAGGCGCCUCAACAAGACCAAGAACUGGAUUGUCGCCCUCAAAACCCUCAUGUUGAUCCAACGGCUGCUAUCCGAGGGUGAUCCGGCGUAUGAACAAGAGAUAUUCUUCUCCACGAGGCGCGGGACUCGGUUUCUCAACAUGUCCGAUUUUAGGGAUACUUCGGGAUCCAAUACAUGGGACUACUCUGCGUUUGUGCGCACAUAUGCAUUGUACCUCGACGAACGGCUGGAGUUUCGAAUGCAAAGCCGGCGUGGGAAACGCAGUGUGUUCGGAAUAGAUGAGGAGGAGGAUUCGGAUCCAAACCAGCAAGCGGGUACUAGGACCACACCCGUGCAUGAGAUGAGGCACGAUAAGUUGUUCUCAAGGAUGCAACAUUUGCAGCAGCUCCUUGAGCGAUUUCUAGCGACACGUCCAACAGGUGAAGCAAAGAACAACAGGGUUAUAAUAGUGGCUCUUUACCCGCUAGUGAAAGAGAGUUUCCAGAUAUAUUACGACAUAACAGAGAUAAUGGGACUCUUUAUCGACCGCUUCAUGGACCUGGAGGUCCCCGACGGUGUCAAAGUAUACGAAGUAUUCGUUCGCAUCGGAAAGCAAUUCGAAGAGCUGGACGUGUUCUACAGCUGGUGUAAGAACGUCGGCAUUGCACGAGCCUCCGAGUACCCGGAAGUCGAGAGAAUCACACCGAAGAAGCUCGAAGUGAUGGACGAUUACAUUCGAGACAAGUCGGCUUUGGCGCAAGGCCGGAAAGUAAUUAUGGCGCUAGAGCCAAGAGGUGAAUCCCCUGUGUCGGAGGAGUCCAAAGAAGAACCGGAUAUGAACUCCAUUAAAGCCCUUCCACCGCCAGAAGACUUCGUGGAGGCUCCGGUGGAGGAAGAGAAGGAAGAAGAACCGAUUGUCGAGAAAGAGGAACCCAAAAAACAAGACGUGGGUGAUUUGUUGAACUUGGGAGAAGACGCCGGCUCUAGUGAAGAGAAAUGUGACAAAUUAGCGUUGGCAUUAUUCGAUGGACCGGAGGGUUCCGCAACCUCCACCGCGGGUCCGCAACCGUGGGAGGCUUUUUCAGAGGAAGCGGAUUGGGAAACGGCUCUUGUCCAAUCUGCAACCCACUUGCCAAACCAGAAGGCCUCUCUCGGGGGAGGAUUCGACUUGUUGGUGCUGGAUGGAAUGUACCAACAAGGACAAGUUUCGGCGGCGAUGGCUGGCCCCGGUUAUGGAACUAGCGGUAGUGCAAGUAGUGUCGCAUUGGGCUCUGCAGGAACCCCGGCCAUGCUAGCAUUGCCUGCGCCACCAUCACAGACGGAUGAUAAUGUUGAUAGGUCUAUGGUUGUUGGAACAACGCAGGUGGACCCAUUUGCAGCCUCGAUGGUGGUGCCGCCGCCGUCGUACGUGCAAAUGUCGGAUCUGGAGAAGAAGCAGAAGCUGUUGGUGGAAGAACAGUUGAUGUGGCACCAAUACGCAAGGGAUGGGAUGCAAGGUCAUAUUGGAUUGACAAAGCUGCAACAUAACCCUCAUUAUCAACCAAACAUGGGAGGUUACACUCACACUUACUGAUUAAUUCGAUCAUGAUCAUCAAAACAUGGGCUUGUUAAGUAUGAGCUAGGGUCAAUUAACCUCCAUGUGUUUGACUUGGACAUAUUUCCUUUUUC